AUGUCCUGCGUGUCGGUGGCUGGACGACCACCUGUCAUUUCAGUUUCGGCAGGAACCGUCGUGGCCGUGGAGUCGUCGGACUCGAUCUCGAUGACGGCCGUGCGGUCGGGGACCACCGCGUCUGGGGCGACCGCGUCGGGGGCCACCGUGCCAGAGGCCGUGGCCGACUCGACCGGCGUAGACGCAUGGCUUGCACCAGUGGGGCGAGCAAACGCCAUCAACGCAGAGCACGCGGUGGAGUGCGCCAUAGAGCUCUGCCUCGCCAUUGGGUACACCUUGGAGGCGAUGCCCGUCGGCCAGGCCGCGCUGGGCCAGGUGUGCGGGAGGCUGCUGGAGCUCAAGGGGCAGAAGAGGGACAACGGCAAGAGCGCCUACUGCAGGCGGGUGCAGUUCCAGAUAUUGGACCUCCUGGAGACGCGCGCGGCGGGCUGGUCGAAGAAGUCCUUCAAGACGAGCGCGAAGACCAAGGACGAGAUCCGCCAGGAGCAGCAACGAGAGGGCGCGCACGCCUCCUGCGCCGAGCGGGUGAUCGCCGGCCAGCGGCCUGGCUACCUGCCGUGA